GAUGGAAGCCUGUAAGUUAGUCUUUGUUUUAGGCUAGGCUAUAGCCAGCUAUUCUAAGUCGACCUUCCAUGGUUUAAUAUUCUCCAAAUAUGUUACGAUAGAAUUAGCCUACGUUUUAAAUACAGGAUGUAGCCUAACGAGUAUUUGAAUCGAUCCCAGGGAAUUUUGCGAUUCUUGUGCAUAAGCUAGGCCUACUGAAAUGUUUCCUGCAGAGAGAGUUUCCCUGUGCUGAUGUCGCGACGUCAUUCAUGACGUUUUCAGGAUGCUUAUGCAGCUGCGUCAUAAUGCAGAGCGCUUGACAGUAGGCCUUGGAUGAUUCAUCUAGGCCUACUUAAGGCUAGUUUAUCUGGCCUUUCAGAAGUUUCAUACCACGAAUGACUGACUGUUUAACCACUCUCUAAAUCUUUCGCUAUGGAUGGAUCACUAACGGUUGCUUGGUUACUAUAAAAAAUGCAGACAGGCAAGAUCUUAUUCCCGGAUCGUUCAGCAGCCCACCCCCUGCACAGAGGGCGAGUGAAGAUAAACAGGAGCAGCUUGGUUCAUUGCGAUGUCAUUGGUGUCAUUGAGAACCUGAGUGAUGGACAAUGGAAUGUCUUGACAAAGGACAUGCAAGAUAUGACAAGACUGGAAUUUGUAAAAACAUGCUUAGGCCUGAUUUCUUACUUGUCAAAGUCUACAUUCAAGAGGUACUUACCAGUCGUUGAAAUUUUGGAGUCCUGUAAACUUCACACUGACGAUUCCUAUGACUCUCAGAAGUCACCAGAGGCUCCUGUGUCACCUCAGGCCUCAUGUAAUGACUCUCCUUUGGACACACCCUAUAACCACUACAUCCUUGCUCAAAUUGUUGAAGAGGUGAAAUUGGCCCUUUUUGUGGCUAUUAAAAGGAUCACCUCAAGCAAAGAUUCAACUCAGUCUAGUAAAGGGAUGAUGCUAGAAGAGGAAACGGUUAAAGCAAUCUAUGAAAGAUUAGACACAUUGAACAUUUUAGCCAAUGUCCACAACCAUGAAGAAGUGGUGCUAGAUUCAGAAGCUAGAGCCAUGACUGUGCAGGUGGUGAUAUCUGUCUUAAAUCUCAUUGAGAGCUCCAAUCUCAACAAGGAGCAGGCAGGAGAAAUAUCCAAAGUCUUACAUGAAAUUGCUGCAAAGAUCAAAAUAUUGGCCUCUCCAAAGACCUCAAAACAAAACCUUUCAUUUGGUUCUCCUUCCAUCAGCUGCCCUUUAAAAGGGGAGCUGUACUUGCAGCUUUCCCCUGACUUCCCUGUUAAAGUUUCCCAGACCGUUCUUGCGAUGCUUCUCAGAGGUAAAAACAACUCAGAAGCACUGGAGGACAGGACCUGCCACUCAAACUCCUUGCCGUCAACUACACCAAAGCAUCGACCUGAUUUAUCCUACAUUGUGACUGUUGAUUCUAUCGUAUUCAAAAUAGUCAUUACCAUUCUUGCGAGCCUUGCUUUAAUACCUGGAUUCAAUGAUGAGAUAAUUUUUUCCUCUGCCAUGGACAUGUUCCAUAAGAUUCUAAAUGAGGUUGAGCAGUUCAUGACUUUAUCAAAGACCUCUGUACGGAAAAACAAAACAGAUAUUGCAAGUCUACAGCCAUCCCAACAUUCUUUAGAAGAUGAUGUCACCACUAUGUGCACAAAAAAGGUUAUCCUCCAGAUUUACCAUGCAUACCUGUCAAAUCGGUCAAAAGUGGAACAGCACAAAACGGCACCAGGAAGGGAGUCAGAGGUGUCUGUUGUUGACCAUGUGAUGAUCCAGCUCAAUACGCUUGCUGACACUAGGUCAUCUACACAACAGCCUUUCCAAUCUAACCUUGAUGGUUCUAAUGAAAGCACCAAGAAAGUGAUAAGUCCAGAUUUUCAGAGCAUGGCUCACAGAAAGGUGAGCAAAGUGUUGGCUGAGUUGGAUACCUUCAGAGAGAAGGCAUCCUUGGGUCAUGUUGAUUCUUUUGCUGCGGACAUUGUGGAAACAGUGAUGGAAUGUCUACAAGAUCUCUCGCAUAUCAUUGAAACUGUGAAUUCUGUCUAUGCUCAUCACAUCUACCAGAACAUUGAGAGCAAGAUUAGAGAUUUCAUUCUGAAACAAGGACAGGAUGCAUGUUCAUUCCAAAGAAUGACUUCCCAGAAAACAACAGUGCAUGAUCUACAUCUCAAAGAACACGCACCACAAGGAGUUGUUUGUUCAUCACUUGCUUCAGUGGAAGAAUUACACCUAUUUGAAUCUCACACUGAAACUACACGUGAGGCUGAUGUCAUCUCUUACACCGAAGAGGUCAUAAGAGGGGUGGUGACUCUCUUUGUUCUUGAGGAAAUUAAAAGAUUAAGAUCAACCUUGGUGGAUGGACUUUCCACACCUUCAGAGAGUAAAGAGGCCAUAGCUAGAAUUCUUUCCCAAAUUGAAGACCCACAAGAUGUAAACAGAAUGCAGGGCUAUAUUAGGAGGAGGAUGAAGACACUUUCAAGUGAGGAGUUUGAACUUAAAGCCAUCCGUGCCGUGAGCGAUGUUCUCCUUAAUAAGAGAGACAGGGCUGUCUCUGCAGAAUCUAGCCAAACCUCUCAUUUACCACAAACUAUGGAACACCAUGUCUCUUCUAUUACAAAAUCUGCAAUCCAUCUCCUGCAGAAAAUGCAGAGAUACCAAGAUGGCUAUGCCAAGAAUUCAUGUUCUUCUGGUAUGUUUCAAACUGUGCAAGAUAAGGUAAAAGAUUUUUUCAUAUUGAAAGAAGGACAUGUUUCCAAAGAGGAAAGCCACACAAAGCUUGAAAAUCAGGUUGAACAACAAGCUGAAGUGUCUUCCUUAUCUGUCAAACCAUUACCACAACAAAGCUUGGAUGAUUUUGAUUUGACAAAUGAAUUUGAAAGCAGACCUGCAUCCCCACCAAGAGGUUUGAGUGAGAACCUUCCUCCUGAUGAAGUUCCCGGUAACAAAAUGGAUGAGGAUGUGGAUGCUGGUUCAUGUAUGAAAGAUGUGUUCAAGAAAGUGCUGACUUUGUACAUACACAAGGCAAAGAAAAAGGAGAAGGAAGAUGUAAGUCCUGUGGAUGAUGACCUAAUUACUGAGUCUGUCAAUAGUAUCCACUCGCAACUGGAAAGUACAUUGGGCUCCCACUCAUCCUCAUCGUAUUAUAUACCUGAAAAAACUCUGUGUGAACACAUUCUUUGUGGCCAUAACUGUCAUUCUAAACAAAGUAGCGAAAGUAGCUCGAGUUCUUCAGAGGCCUUUAGUCUGUCGUCAGAGACCAUUAAGAGGCUCUCCAGUGAGGAAUUUUAUGUGAAACCCAAUGAACUGGUGAACGAGGUACUUUGUGAAAGAAUGGAAGACUCUUCCUUUGCAUCUACCUCAUCUUUGACCUCAUCUUUGACCUCAUCUAUGGACCAGACCUCUAGUGUUACACUAACAGUCAUUGAUACACUAAAGACACUCCUGUGUUACACACCACCAUGUCUAAGAAGAACUGAGACCAUGUCAGAGAUGAGUUCAGACCAGAGUGAAACCUCAGGCAGUGACGAUCUGUCUGCAUAUUAUACAGAAAAGGAAAAAACUUCAUAUGUGUCUUCUUUGUUGAAGGAAGUACAAGAAAAGAUUAAAGAGUUUUUCAAUCUAUACAAAAAGUCAUCGUUCAUAUCCGUGUCUAGUACAUCGGAAGUGGAUGGAGGGUCUAUUACUGGGACAGCAAAGCCUGGAGCAGGAUAUGAUACAUCCAUAUCAAAGCAGAGGUGCUCCAGCAAAAAUGCGAUGUCUGAUGGUAUCGCAUGUCAGUUAUGUCAGGACACAACCUCAGAGGCUGCCUUAGAUCAGGAGUUCAUCUCUAGUGGGGAAAUGGAGAUGUUUUCGUGUGACCUUACAUAUAAGUUGGUCAGUCUGCUGAGAAAGAACACUUGCCAGAGACCAAGCCUGCCUACUGAUCUAGGUCCUCCAUUAUUGUGCAGAGGAAAUUAUGAGACAGACAAAAGUGCUUCUCUUAAGGAUCCCUACAUGUUUGUUGAGGCGUCUGUGAAAUGUUUCUUGCAUCAGCUGCUGUUCCCAUCAUGUCCAAGCAAAGUGAUUGACCCAGAGGACUUCAUCCAGAGAACCCCAAGCUCCAACCCCUGCAUGGCAAAGGCAGUACAUGAAAGCUGCUCUGGAGACUCUACCUGUUCCUCCCAUGAUGCCAAGAGCAUCCCAGCUGUUGGUUUAUCCACACAGUAUGUUGAGAAUCCUUCUGUCAAGGAUGUCGCAUGCUCCACCAGCUCUUUAGGGUUGAUCAUUGGCUUACACACUGAUUCAGCAAAUAAAUUAAGAAAGCCAAAGAGAAAAGUAAAAACUGAAGUGAAGAUCUGCAUCAAACCCAAAAUAAGGACUCUGAGGAUCAACAACAAGUAUUUAUCUAAGAAAAAUGCAGUGAGUCCAAUGUUGUUUGAGGCAUAUGCAAGAGCAAGCAUCCUGCAAGAAAAUUAUAUGCAGAAGGGGACAACAGGUCUUCACAAUGAAAGACAUCCCACCUCAUCCAGUCAGACAGAGAAAAACUCCACUGUUCCCACUCUUCUGGAGGGCCAAGGAAUUUUUCAGAUCUGUCUCCAACGUGGUGUCUAAAAGUAUCAAGAUAUCCAGAUGAAAAUGACAUUUUAUCUGAUAUUUAAACAAUAUAAUUUAUUUUCCUUCACAAUAAACUUUGCAGCAAAUA